GAGAGAGAGAGCAUGAGGAAGGGGUCUGGCUGAGGAGGAAGCUGAGGAGGACCACGGAUCGGAGAGCAGAAGAAGAAGCAGCAGCAGCAGCAGCAUCCGAGGAAGAAGAACAAGGGUCACCAUCCAACACUUGUUCAUCUUGACCAGCCGCUCAGGACUUUUUGUUCCUCCGUGGACCUCAUCUGGCCUGACGGACCCACCAGCGCGUCACCAUGAACUACCUUCGCCGGCGCCUGUCAGACAGCAGCUUCGUGGCCAACCUGCCCAACGGCUACAUGAUGGAUCUGCAGAGGCCAACCCCGCCAGUAUCAUCCACUUCCUCCCCUGCCUCCCCGGCCACGGAGAGGCGUCAGCCCCCGAGCGUCCCGAGCCAGAUUCCAGCUUCGGGUCCAGGCCCGGCCCAGGCCCCGGCCCCGGCCUCGGCCUCGGCAGCGGCCCCGGGGAGCUUUCUCAGCUCCUUCUCCAGCGUGGUAAAGAGCGCGCAGAUGGCGCAGAACGUCGCAGCCGCUGCACACGCUAAAUCAGCCGCAGCCACAGCAGCUGAAGGUGGUCCUGCGGGAGGCAGCCUGCCUGCCAAGCCUGUGAUACGCAAGCCCAAGAUCCUGCUGGUGAUUGAUGAUCAGCACACUGACUGGGCCAAGUAUUUUCGGGGGAAGAAGCUGAACGGAGAGUAUGAGAUCCGAGUUGAGCAGGCAGAGUUCUCAGAGAUCAACCUGGCUUCUUAUGUCAACUCAGGAUGUAUGGUGGACAUGCAGGUCAACAAAGGGGGCUCCAAAGUUGUCAGGUCUUUUAAGCCAGACUUUGUCCUGAUUCGCCAACACGCCUACAGCAUGAUUCCCGGCGAGGACUUCAGGAACAUUGUGAUCGGCCUGCACUUUGGCGGUGUUCCAGGCGUCAAUUCUCUCUUCUCUAUAUACAAUUUCUGCAGCAAACCUUGGGUGUUUUCUCAAAUGAUUAAGCUAUACCACUCCCUCGGAGCUGAGAAAUUCCCCCUGAAUGAACAAACCUUCUACCCAAACCACACACAAAUGAUCACAACCCCUUCGUUCCCAGUGGUAGUCAAGAUGGGACAUGCUCAUGCUGGCAUGGGAAAGAUCAAAGUGGAGAACCAACAAGACUUCCAGGACAUCACCAGCGUGUUGGCCCUGGCUGGGACCUAUGCUACCACCGAGCCCUAUGUCCAGUCCAAAUAUGAUAUCCGCAUCCAGAAGAUUGGCAACAACUACAAGGCCUACAUGAGAACAUCAAUUUCCGGCAACUGGAAGGCCAACACAGGUUCUGCCAUGUUGGAACAGAUCGCAAUGACGGACAGAUAUCGCAUGUGGGUGGAUUCCUGUGCUGAAAUGUUCGGUGGCCUAGACAUCUGCGCCGUGAAGGCUGUCCAUGGAAAGGAUGGCAAUGACUACAUCAUCGAGGUGAUGGACAGCUCCAUGCCUCUGAUUGGUGAGCAUGUGGAGGAGGACAAGCAGCUCAUUACAGAGCUGGUCAUUAACAAGAUGGCCCAAGUGCUGCUGGGAGUUGUCACACCUCAGACUUCCGCUGUGAAGACUUCACAGCCCAGGCGAGGCGGACACCGCUCCGGUUCAGCCUCUCCAUCCCAGUCGGCUCAGGGAUCACCUCAGAGAGCCCGCUCUGCCACCACCUCCCCCAGCCAGGCCUUCCAGCCCGGUCCCAUCCCGGCCUCCUCUGGACCCGGAGGUCAGAAACAGUCGCCUCAUCUGAAUAAAUCUCAGUCACUGACCAACACCUUCACAGAGACAUUACGGGGAACGAUGACUGAUGACGAGGCCAAGGCCGAGACCAUCCGUAGCCUCCGGCAGUCCUUCGCAAGCCUCUUCUCUGACUAAAACCUUCUGCAGAAGCCCCCCGCUUCAUGUUGGAUGUCAGGUUAAAGACUAAAAAAAAAAGAAGAAAAAAACAACAACUAAGCAACUUCAUCUGUAAAGGAGUCUCCUCUCUCUUCCAAUCUUCCGCUUUGUGUUCCUUCUUUGCAUUGAUCAAGUCGUCCAUCUGGUGCAACUUGCUGUUCUCAGAAAAUCAGUACAAAUAUCACUAGAAAGGCCAAGAGAUUCUUAGGUGGAGGUACUAGAGACCAAACUUUCAAAGGUAAGGUAGUGCCUUUUAAAAAGUAUUUAUCACACUUGGUCAUGGUAAAACCAAACACUUCCAAUGUACUUUGUUGGGAUUUUAUGGAACAGGUCAACACCAGGUUGCCCCUAAUUGUAGGCAGAAAGAAAAUAUGUUGAAACGUUUUUUUAGACCCCAUAAAUACAUUCCAAUGCAAUCUAUUACCGUCAGAAGUUACCAAAUGAGAAAACGGUUAACCUGCCUGUAGCUUAAAGCUAGCGUCGGCGAUUUUUCCGGAUGUUUCCCAAAGUCCCACUUUUUUUCAAGUGAAAAAAUCUCCCAAAUCCACUCUGGUCUUAUUUCUUUCUACUGAGGCCUUCCUUUUCUUCUCAUAGACUUGUACAUGGUUUGCUUAUUGUGACUCUCAGCCAUGUUCGAAGUAUACUGCGUGAACAGCGGAGCCACAAUGAGCGGCUAACACUGAAGCUAACUGCUAAGCUAACCGGAUACAUAAAACACUAUAUGUGCGCAUGUGCACAGCCAGCAAGUUAAUGCAGGUCCUUUUAAAAGUUGCCAUGAGUUAGAACAUACUCGGCCACAAGGUUCUCCAGUCAGUUUGUUGACUUACAUGCAAAACUGUGAGCGGAGGAAAAAUAAGCCCUGGACAGCCAUCUCCAUUGUGAAACAUGGCGCUGGGAGCAUCAUGUGGAACAUGAUAAUUCACAUGCAUAAUUUUCUUCAGCAGGGACAGGGAAGAUGGAUGGAGAUAAAUACUGCGAACGAGUUGAGACUGGGGCUGAGGUUGAUCCUUCACAUGAAAUGCCAAUAAAAUACAUUGCAAUUUGUUUGUUGGAGCUUGACACAAAAGAAAAUUCAAACAUUUAGCCAAAAGCGGUUUAGUCACAGCGUCAGAGGCCUUCCCAUAAUUGUCACUGUACCUGUUUGUACCCAUAGGUUUAGAUCACCUGAUAAAUGUUUGGCCUUUCUAUUGAUUUAUAAAGUACAGAAAAUAUUCAUAAACUAGCUUGUGCUGCUUGGUAUAUUAUUGUUCCGCAUUCUCCUUGUGCAACUGCUAAAACCAUAUUCCUGUUUGUCUCUCUAGAUCUUUUCUCCUUUUAACUGACACAAAGCUUCAAAAUUAUUUGUUGAUGGCAAUAUUCUCCACUUUGGUGUACUUAAACGUACCAAAUCAUCACAGUUCACCAGCGAACUCUAAAGCAUUUGAGCCACCAGCCAGAUCUCUUAGACAUCCAUCUGCUGUCGACACAUACUGGUUUGAGAUGCAGUGACUCCUCUACCUUGCCCUAAAUUUACCAAAGUGCUUUUUUUAAUGGCAGAUUCAAAACAAAAAAACAUCUGCACUGGGUCAAGAAAACAGUCACAUGGCAAAGAAAAUUGGACCUUAGGAGUUUUUACCUGGUGCAAAUGCUGUACUGGCUUAUAGCCGUCGUCUUCCAUCACAGCUCAACUCUCCUGCAGUUUCUCUUUAUCUUUCUGCGCUCAGUCAGUUUCACCUUUAAGUGUUUGUUGUGGUGAAUUUUAUCAUGCCUGCUUUCUACUGGGUGUUGGUGAGCAGUUAAGAUGUGAGCCUGAAAGGUUUAAACGAGACAGAAAAGGUUCUCUCGUGUUCCACAACAUUUCAUCUUUUCUCCUUAUUCUCCACACCUGUUGUCAAUUGUGUUUGUCAGGAUUUUAUUUUUGGGCUCUUCCCUACAUGAUUCGUCCUGUUUUGGAAUUCAGUGCCAUAUAUGGAUUCAAACUGUAAAACGGAGGCAAUCAUAACACUCUGAAGAUUUUGAUUUAUUUCAAACUUGAAAUGUUUCCUAGAAAGUGAACUGGUGCAGAAAGUCAUUUUAUCUCACUGCAUGCUACAGCUUUUCCUGGAAAAGGUCACUCUGAAGGUCAGAUUUUGCAAACACAAUACAGCCAUUGUGUAUGCAUCUGUCAUUCACAUUUAACGUGUGGACAAGAUGUUUCAACCCACAACUAAACAACAACUUUGCUUAAAAGGCCACCUUUGGACUGUUUUUAGACAUUUAGAGUAAGAUACUUUUUCCUUUCUCAUCCCAAAAUCAGGAAAUAUGUAAAGAAAGUAAAUAGUGCAGGGCAGCCGAGAACACUACUGAAAGUUGUUGAAGGGUCAUGGCUCUACAUCUGGAACACCGGGUUUAGAAGUCAAUUGAGAACGCAAUUUUCAUCUAGAACUGUAAUGGUGAUAGCCCCAUAAAGUCCCCAGCUUGAAUUUUAGUUCAUAUGGUGAGAAUUCUUACUGUCAUUAAUCCACUGAGGAUAUAUACCUUGGGACAAAUGUCUGAGAACAGUAAUGUGGAGACCUAACACACUGGCACUCUAUGUAGGCAUUUAAAAACUCUCUGUUUUGAAUACAGUCUGCCUUCAUCACAGUAGAGAAGGACAGCAUGUAGCAAAAACUAUCAUGUAAAACACUAAAACUCAGGCAGCAUUCUAAUAAAUGUCGUAAUUUGUGCUCCACUUCUGACCAGCAUAGUUACUAUGUGGUCAAGCAUGCCUCAACAUGUUCCUCCAAACAACUGUGUCACCAUGAUAGCGUGCUUUAUGUAAAUCAGGCUAUCAUGGUCCACUUAAUCAUUUGGUGUUUUGUCAGUGAUGGUUUAACUACAUUAUGCUAACUCAGCUGUUUUACAUCACUCGAACUUGGUCAACUACAGCUAAUUAUUAUUACUAAAUAUGCAGGAGGACUAUUCAGAGAGAACGUUUAGUUUAACACGAUCUGCAGACAUCAGAAGACGUUUUGUAUUGACAUUGGAAAAAAAGUAAGAACUGCUGAAAAAUAUGUUUUCUUGCCGGAUAAACAAUAGCUGCCAUUGUGGUCUGGCUGCCGAUUACCUGUUUAAGCCUGAGGUCUUCAACAACAACAAGUACCCACUCCUUUUUCUGUGUCACCUAUAAGCAGCCAAGAAUUUGUUUGACAAAAUUAGAGUUAAAAACAUCUUUUUAAUCAAGAAAACAAUCUAUGUCCUGCAUACAACAAUAGCUAAUCAGAUGCUGGGGAUCCAGAUGACUCUGUUUUAAACAGCUACUUUUUAAAGUUACUUAUUUGCUUUGAAAACAAUUGAAAUAGGGUUAAAAAAUAGAAUUUUAGCCCUUGGCUAAUUUACUCUUUUGUUGUUUGCUGAGACCAGCGAUAACUCAAACUACGGUAAAUCAAACUGAUUUCAGUGCUUCUGUUUUCUGAUUCUAGAGCUGUAUCCAUAUUUUGUAUAAGUGCAAGAGUGCCUGUGUUUGGUUUAUUAAUACUAACAGAAAUUGUACUAUGAAAAAAGAAAUAAGCAUUGUUUGCUAUAAUAAUUUAAUAUUACGCCUUUUUAAUUAAAUGUAUUAAAUUUAUCGCCGUAAGAAAAGCUGCAAUUUAGUUUCCAUUUAACUGUCAUUCCUGACAAUAACAUGAAAACAGUUCAGCUUUUACAGUCCCAGCUGUGAGUUUUUUUACAUUUUUUAUCAAACCAGGUUUAAGGUUUUCAGUUCUUCUGUUUUCUUGUCGAGUCAACCAAGUGGGACAGGUUAUUUUCUAAGAAUAUAAUUAAACUAAUUGUGUUCAUGUGUAAAGAUAAAACACUUGCAGUUUACUAUCAUAAUUGGCUAAAAUGUAUGUUGUGUAGUAGAUCUACAGAACACAGCCAGAAGAUCUACAGAUCUAAAGUUAUUGGAAGGAUUUUACCAUCAAUAAUUUAUGCUCUAAAAUUAGAAGCUAGAUCUUGCUUCAUUGACUAAAUGGAAGUCAGUGCUUACUGGGACUAUGUUUUCAAUAGUUUAUAAAUUAUUCUCACAUUACCUCCGUAAAACUUCUGAAUAAUGGUAAGAAAUUAACAAUGUAUACGGUCCUGAAACAGCUUUGUUGCAGACAUUUAAAAAAUGUGUUUUUAUAUUCUUUAUUGAUUUGUAUUCACCAGUAAAUAGAAAUAAAACAAUCCUACUUUAAUAUUAAAAAGUGAUUAUUGUUGAUCGUCAUGCUCAUAACAGAAAAGGUCAAAAAUAAAGUUAACCUUUAAAGCUACUGAUACAAGAAAUAGUUAAGACUUGUAAAACCAAUCAAUAAAAUUAAACACACAAGCAUGGACACAAUUGCAUAAACAUAUUAACAGCAGAAAAUAGUACACAGCAGUCAAGGUUUGUGUAAGCUGUGCAAGCUUAUCUACUUUAGCGUUUACUGACAGGUCUCUGAGCCCAUUUUGACUUGGCAUGUAAAGGCUCCAAAAUUAUUAAGUUAUUUUAUUACUAGUACAAAAAUUUUCCAGAACAACCAUGACGGCGUGUAAAAUGUCUUCCUGUCCCAAAUAUAGCUUGCUUUUUAUGUAGGAAGCGGUUUUGAUGGUUCUGCAAAUGCUAUGUGUUACUCGUUACAUGUUAGUCAUUAAACCCAUCACUUCAUUUAUGCUAUGACUAUAUUACCCACCAAUCAGGAAAAGUAGGUAUAAGUCAAACAGUUUUUAAAGUACUGGCCAUCUUUUUUUUCUUUUUUCUUUUUUUUUUUACCUCCAAAGCUAACCAGUCAACGUCUGAAAAGAAGCUAAAGCUUCAAGUUUACAUUAGGUUAGACAUGAUUGAGUCAGACAGGAGAAAAACUGUAUUCUCCUGGUUAACAUUUGUGUGUGUAACUCUUCCAUCUAUCCAUCCAUGAUUUUCUCAAUCCUUAUGAGUCAUAGUUAUGUCCACAUGUCAUAUAAAAUAGAUUUUGUCAUGUAUUGAUUCAUGACUGUUUCACAAGUUUGUGGUAGCAAGCCGUAACUUUUUACAACUGUGUGUCAGUCUGCCACAGGCCUGCUAACAUUUACCAAGGGGGCCCAUACGGGCAAAAACAUGGGCCCAGAUGGAAUUUAUCUGGCCCAGUGUUGAUUACCUAUAGAUUUGAAGCAGAACAUCCCAGCCCAUGGGUAAAAAGUGAGACCCACAUGGGUCUCACAUGUGUUGCACAGCCAUCAUUGAUUUUCAUAAUGCCCAUUUCAGGCUCAGCUCAAAACUACGGUUCUCGGCAGGUUUUUCCCAUUUGAAUGGAUUUGAGUCAGUCCACCGGGACCUAUUGUGAACCUAUUGAGAGCCCAGACCCAUUAAGUCCCCAUUUAGGUUGAUCUAAUCCCAUAUGGAGUCCACAUCUAAAUGUUUACUGAGAACAUGACUAUAGCACUAUGAGUAACUCUGCCCCUGUGGCUGAUCUUAAAAUUCAGCAUCUUGUAGUUAAACACUUUUGCAAUCAUUUGUUAUCUAUUUUCACUGCACUAAGAUGGACCAAAUUAACAUUUCAUUGUCUCUACUGUAAAAAAAAAAUACUCCUAUAUAGCAUGCAAGACCAGUGUGAAAAGCCAUAAUCAAGCAAUGAGGAUUUCUAUCCCUUGUGUGCCACGCAAUAAUGCUGUGACAUCACUCAUAAAGUGACGAGUCAACUCUAAUCACUGUGCCCAUGGCCUCUCCUGCCUUGCAGAGACACUCAGCAGUUGUUGCUUCUUCUUUUCAGUUAAAGGUAUCCCAUUUGAUUUCAUUUGUUUUUGCCAGAAUGAAGGAUUAACGUUGAUGUCACCUCUCUUCUUUUUUCUUUAAAUUGAAAGUUCAGUGUGAGAAUUUAACGUGCUGGCUUUUAAGAUUAGUUUCUAUUAACUAACUGAUGUCAUAUAAUAUUUUCUAGAUUAGAGACAUAAUCUCAUUUGUUUGACACACUUGACAUUUGAGUCAAUUAAAACCAAGCUUGAAAAAUAUCAUAGUACCUACCUCGGCCUUAGCAGUACCUUUCAUAAACUGACUGCAAAAUGGCUGUACAAUAGGAGCUUUUAUGAAACAAGAAGUGUUUUAUAUACGGAGUAUAUAGAGCAAGAAAUACUCUCCAGACUUCACCAGUUUGACAUCCAAACUUUAGACAUUACGUAGUGUGUGUGAUAUAAGCCUGAGGUUGAACGCCAUAUAUUUCUAAAAUAUAACUGGAUGGAGCCGGUGUGCCUUGCAUUCAACAGCUUGUGCAGUUUUAUCUAUAACAACUAAACCGUCACUCCCAAAACACUCAUCUUGAAGUCUCAGCGUUCUCUAGUGGUAAUUUACAGGUGCACCUCAAUAAAUUAGAAAACAAUUAACAAACUAAUCUUAGUAUAUAAGUGUAAUUAUAUUGAUACUCAUAUGAUAUAGAUUUAUUACAGUAUUAUUGACGGUAUUAUAUAAGUGUUUAUUUCUGUUAAUUUUUAUAAUUAAGGUUUACAGCCAAUGAAAACCUUAAACGAUAACCUGAGUGAACAGUUUUUUAAAUGAUGAUAUUAUUUAUUAAAGGAAAAGGCUUUCUAAACCAACCUGGCCCAAUGUGAAAAUAUAAUUGCCUCCCUUCCUAAAUCAUGAACUAACUGUGAUUAAACAUGUUUGUGGUUUGGUUACACCAGCCACGACCAUGCCUGGUCACUGCCAGUCCUGUUGAAUAAAAAAACAACAAUUUGAAUAGUACCUGUCGGACAGCAGAGAGCAGGCUCAAAGGUCUCAAAAGCAAGACAAUUUUGGCCCAGUCUGAGGAAAUCAAAGUAUGGAUGAGAAAUAAAGUUACCAACAACAUUUCAGUCUGAAAAGGAUUACAGAGUUGUUUUGGUACUACAGUGGAGACAACGAAAGCUGAGUGGCAGCUUGUUAACAGAGGGCACCUAUGAAAAUGGCUGGAAAAAAGUUCAGACACAGAAAACAUAAAUUAUGAAAUUAAAAGUAAAACUCAUAGUAAAUGGACUUACUCUAAUAUAGGGCUUUUCCAGUCAUACUGACCACUCAAAGUGCUUUAAACUAGUCACACUCAAUAAUGCGCACACAUUCACACACCGAUACACAGAUCGCUACACAACAUGGGGUUAAGUGCCUUGCCCAGGGGCAUAUCAACAUGUGGCAGGAGGAACCUGGAAUCGAAUGCACAACCUUUCCAAUUGCAAGAUGGCUACUGUACCUGUGUCUGUUCUCUCAUAAAAUUUAUCAGCUUAGAUGUGCAGGCGCGAAAUGUCACUCAAACGGAUGAGUGAGACAACAACAACGACAAGACAGGAGAGAGUGGCAGCAAUGAGAGAAAAUUUGGUCAUUUAUUCACAAAAUAAUAAUUUCAUGAGGCUUUUGUUGAAUUAGAAAAAAGCAGCUAAAGCAAUUUUGCAAUUUGGAUCGACAAGACUUACAAAGGAUUCCCUGAGAGAGGAAAAAAACAACUCACCUCCAUUUCAUAGUGCAGCAAGUGUAGAGCCCCCGGUUGCGUUGUCUCCACUUCUUAAACCAAUGCCUUUUCUUUUUGUUAUGUUUUUUUCUCUGUUAAAAUGAAUCCACAGACUAUCGCCAUUAUUAUUCCUGGUAGUCCAUGUUUUUUUACGUUGAACUCAAGUUUGAUCCUGUAAGGAUUCCCAAGAUUUUCCGUCUUAAGCGAAAUCUGUUCGUGGGUGGAGUGCUGAGCUUGAUGUCUGACCGGACACCACACACUGUAUGAACAAACAUGUUUUAUCUAGGAUUUUUUAUCGUUACGUUUGGUGUCUCUCAAGCUUUGAAAAUUGGCUGACUAUUUUAAAAUCCUGCCAUGUGAACCAGCCUUGACAUGAUACUUUGUAGGUUCUGUGGCCAGAGCUGGUUACCUUGGCAACAAGAGAUAUUAAAUAGAUCGCUCAGCCGCUUCUUGUUAAAAACGUACGAUUUUAACGGUGAAAAAAACCCGUUAAAGUAUUAAUAAUUGAUUUAAUAUUUAUUUAUUUUGUAAGUGACCUUGGUAUAAGCGGGAUAAUGUCCUUCAAGGUGUCCAUCAUAGGAAAUUAAUUGAAUUGCACAUCAUCCAUUAAUUUCUGAUAAUGGACACCUCGUCGGGCAUUAUCCCUUACAUAAAUGCUUGUAAACCAUUUAGUGUGGCUGAAUUAAAAUAAUUCUGCAAAGGUUUAGGAGGCAAUUAGUUGUUCACAUUAUUUAACAAAAGCUUUUUGCUUUUACUCAGGUUAUCUUUGGAUGGAAUUUUUAAAAAUAAAAUUCUUCGUGAUUUAAGACAAACCAGUCCUGACAAAAGACUAAACACAAAGUCUGUAAGGGCAACAUCUUUUAAUAAAAUCGUUUUUUUAAACUGGUUUUAUGGGGCUCUAAAUGGCACAUGAUUUUGCAAUGCAUUGUGGGAUGUGGUCACCAUUUUCCAGGGAAACAGCUUUUGUUUACAUUCCUGAUUCGGAUGCUGUGCUGUGAGAGAUAGAGACGCAAAGUGCUUGAAAAAAUUGCCAUACUAAAGAGACAGGCAACAGACUGUACUGAGACAAGCUACACCCUGUUCUGAAGGUUCUGUUUUGAAAAAAUCUCCAGGAUUGGUGGAAUAGAUCUAUAUGAACAUGGUAACUGGACAAAGGAUUUACAAGACCUUCCACCGCCUACCACCAUUCUCAGAAGCUGAACUUGCUUUCUAUGUUGUCAAUGGAGUUAGUUUUUAUACCAGUAAUGAAUUCAGAAAUGUUAAUGGACAAAGCAACUUUGGAUAGGUUCAAGAUGUUGGCAUAUUGUCUUAAAGAUGAAACUCAGCUUUUAAUCUUCACCUCAUAGUGUUCCUUCUCUGCUCCAGUGUCUGUCGGACAAAUUUGUUUAAAAUUAUGUUAUGCCUGGCAUCCACUCUGCAUUUAUGUUGGAAAUAUUUAGUUGCUUAUUGGUUGAUUUAUUUAUGAAGCAGGGCAUUUACACAAAGGGUCCUUUACUUUCACUUUGUUAACGGCCAGAAGCUGGCUAGGCUAGCGCUAGCAACGUUCUAAAAGUGUUGUGUAAGACAGCAUGAGAAGCUUUGAGAAACACAUGUCCAUUAUUACUUUUAAAAUUACUUCAGUUAUAAUGAAUAUCACAGGUAACCUCCAAGGAGUGAGGACAAUUGAUGUAAAGUCUAAAUGAAUCUCCUAAAACAGAACAGAAAACAAAGACAGCACUGUGGAUGAAGACUGUGUAAACAAACAGAAGCCUGUUUCCAGACGCCCAUGUAUCCCACAAUGCAGUACGGUUGUUAUGUCACCCUUUCAAGUCCCAUAUAAUCCCAACCCAAUCUAGAUUUAGAAUUUUAAUUAAGUGGAUUGAUCAACAAUAAAAGUAAAGAUGUUAUUUUACCUUUUUGAAUCGAAUUACUAAAAUAAAUAUAGCUUGUAGAGCUAUUCUGAUAUGUUUAUUUGACGAAAAUAAAUUGUACCAAUAAUAUCCAGCCGGACAUUAGCAUAAGUUUUUUUUUUGCAGAACACCAAAACAUGAUUUUAAGAUGUGUUUUAUUAUGACCAGACAACAAUAUAAACUGAAGUAAAUUAUUGUUGUACCAUAGUCUGUCAAAAUAUUGUGUCCGUUUUUUAUUUUUAUUUUUGCAGUGAAGGAUGGACUUCGUAUUACAAUUUAUUUAUUUUUUUACCAAUGUCUGAUAAAGCUUAAAAAACUUCUGUCUGUUUACAUUGUGUUGAAAACAUCUGUAAAGUGUCUCAAAGGGGCCCGUUUUUUUUUUUUGUUUGUUUUUUUUUUGUUACGGCCUUGGCUUUUGUUCGCUUUUCAGUUUUUUACUGAAUAACAGUGCAAAUGUUUAUGACCCUGUUUUAUAUUGUGUCCUGAUCUGACUAUUUGGAGAAAAUGCAAUACUGCUCUGUUUUGUCCAUCACGAGGAGGUGGUUUUUGUCUCAUUCAAUCCUAACACUGAACUAAUAUGCAUUCAAAAAGACUUGCCAUUUGAUACUGCAAGCAAACUCAAGUCAACUCUUUAUGUGAUGUGUGUACAGCAUGGAUUUUCUUUAGCAGUCAUUCAGUCAACCAUGUUCCUCCCUACUUACUGAAUGAUGGGCGGUGUUGUGAGGUUCUUUAAGUGUAUUAACAUUCUGUAUAUUGCUGUAAAUGUGGCAUGGAAACCAACUCUACUCUUGUGCCUCAGGUGUGUAAAUUUAGUGAUCAUGUGACCUUGAUGUCUGGCUGCUUAUUUGUGAGACGUGUGAUGCAUCUCUUGUGUUUUCUGUAAUUUAUUGUUAUCCACAAGAUUCCUGUACUUUUAUUUUUUUGUCUGAAAAACAGGAUUUCUGUUAAUAAAGCGUAACAACUUUUAAUAUA